GGCGCCGCGGACGUGGACCCGGCGGCGCUGGCGAGGAUGGUGGCCGCCGGCUACGUGCGCAGGCUGCUCGGGAUGCAGGGAGCGGCCGGCGGCGUGCCUCUGGUCCGGGGGCCGCCGCUCUCGACAGUGCCGGUGGCGUCGCCCGCGGAGUGCAGCUCGCCGCCGCCGUGCCGCGGGCAGGGGCCGGCGGCGGCUCUCGCCCUGGUGCCCGCUCCCGCCGAGAGCAGGCCGCCGCCGCGCCGCCGAGGGGCGGCAGAGGUGCGCCCCCUCGCGGCGGCGGGCCCCCCCGCGGCCGCGCUGGCCUGGGCCUCCCGCGGGGCACCGGAGCCGGCCGCGGCCUUCUCCGCGAG